GGUUGAAUUCUUUGAUCCAAUCUUUUUUCUAUACUCGAAAAUUGACUCUUUUUCCCCCAAUUUUUUUAUGGGGAAAUCAAAGCAUAAAAUACAAAUAAAAAAAAAUGAAAUGAAAUGGUUCCUUACGAAUUUCUUAUGUGUGACUCAUACCUGUGUAAAUAUGUAACCGUAAUAAAUUUUCUUAUGUUCAGAUUCUGUGCUAGAUAUUCAUAAAAGGAAGAGGAAUAAGCAGCAUCUAGUGGUAGGAAUCAAUUUGCAGAGUUAAUGGGGCAUCUUUCGUCUAUGUUCAAUGGGUUGGCGAAGUCGUUUGCAGUGAAGAAAAGGAGGAGUUCUGGUAGAUGUAGCGGAAGAGAAGCUGCUGAAGCAAUGGCAAAAGAAGCAAAAAAGAAUCACUUCAUACUGUCUAGCUCGGGCACUGUUAAUGUUGAUGGUUCAAACAACUUUGCCUCAGUUUUCUCCAAAAGAGGCAAGAAAGGAGUGAAUCAGGAUUGUUGCAUAGUCUGGGAAGAAUUUGGAUGCCAAGAGGACAUGAUCUUCUGUGGGAUUUUUGAUGGGCACGGGCCAUGGGGUCACUUUGUGGCCAAAAGAGUAAGAGAGUCAAUGCCACCAUCUUUGUUAUGCAACUGGCAGGAGACACUUUCUCAAACUUCACUUGAUCCUGAUAUUGAUAUAGAGACAGAGAAAAAACAACAACGGUUUGAUAUGUGGAAGCAUUCCUACUUGAAGACUUGUGCUGCCAUUGAUCGAGAACUAGAGCAGAAUCGCAAGAUAGAUUCAUUUUUCAGCGGCACAACUGCCCUGUCAGUUGUUAGACAGGGUGAACUCAUUGUCAUUGCAAAUGUUGGUGACUCUCGUGCUGUAUUAGCUACAACAUCAGAUGAUGGAAGUUUGGUACCAGUUCAGCUGACAGUAGAUUUCAAGCCCAAUUUACCUCAGGAAGCAGAGCGAAUACUUGAGUGCCAAGGGCGGGUUUUCUGCUUGCACGACGAGCCCGGGGUUCAUAGGGUGUGGUUGCCGGAUGAAGAGUCUCCAGGACUAGCCAUGUCUCGGGCUUUUGGUGAUUACUGCGUGAAAGAAUAUGGUCUUAUUUCAGUGCCUGAAGUAACACACAGGAAUAUAACCAGCAGAGACCAAUUUGUUGUGCUAGCCACUGAUGGGGUGUGGGAUGUAAUCUCGAAUCAAGAAGCAGUGGAUAUUGUAUCUUCUACACCAGACAGAAUAAAUUCAGCUAAACGUUUGGUGGAGUGUGCAAUGCAUGCAUGGAAACGCAAGAGACGGGGUAUUGCCAUGGAUGACAUUUCAGCUAUUUGUCUCUUCUUUCACUCUUCACCUUCACUUGAGCAAGUUAACCAAGUUGCCACCUUAUAUUAGACUAUCAUGUAAAAUUGGCAAGUCAAUUGACACUUGCUGCUCCAUCCAUGUAACCUUGGUCCAAUUUAGCUAGAUUCAUUAGAAGGUGUCAUAUGUCUCUGUCUCGUCUUUUGUUAGCAUAAUCAAUCACGCU